AUGGCUGAACCCGAGACUGCAAAGAAAUCUCAGACCAAGAACAAGCUCAUCCUCAAUGCCUUCGUGGGGGCAUGUAGUGGGCAUCAGUCACCCGGCCUGUGGCAACAUCCAGAUGACCGCUCGUCCGAGUUCAACACCCUCCAGCAUUGGGUCAAGCUCGCUGAGCUCCCGGAAGAACCCGGCUUUCAUGGAAUCUUUAUCGCAGAUGUUUUGGCAUGUUACAUGAAGCUUAUUUCAUCACUUCUUUUUGAGUUGCAUUGGAUCGAGGCCGGUGCAUACGGUGCAUACAAGGGCCCCAGGAACGUUGGACCCGCUCCAAGCUCAGGAGCCCAGUUUCCAGUAAACGACCCGUUUGGGCCAGUUUCUGCCAUGGCUGCGGCUACAGAGAGCAUCGGGUUCGGACUCACCGUCUCGACGACUUUUGAAGACCCGUACUAUCUUGCGCGGCGACUCAGCACGCUUGACCAUCUAACCGGCGGAAGAAUCGGCUGGAACGCAGUAACGGGCUACCUAGAAUCAGCUGCCCGUAACCUCGGGCUUGACAGGCUUCCUGAUCACGACCAGAGAUAUGCCAAGGCCGAUGAAUACAUGGAUGUGGUAUACAAACUCUGGCAAUCCUCUUGGAGGGAUGACGCUGUUAAGCUCGACCGCCAAUUUGGAGUUUAUACCGACCCGGAAUUUAUCCGCACGAUCGACCACGUUGGCAUAUUCUACAACGUUCCUGGCCCUCAUAUCUGUCAACCCUCACCACAGCGGACGCCCGUUAUAUUACAGGCCGGUACCCCUUCUGCCGGGAAAGCCUUCGCAGCCAAGCACGCUGAAGACGUGUUUGUUUCCACCCUCACCCAAGCUAUUGUAGCCCAAAAUAUUGCUGAUAUCCGUGCGAAAGCCCGCGAGCUCGGCCGCGACCCGCAAGCCAUCAAGUUCCUCGCAAUGGUUAUUCCUGUGCUGGGCGCAACCGAGGAAGAGGCUCAGGCCAAGUAUAACUAA